AAAUCCAAGCAUGCGCGAGGAGCCUUGCACCUUAUGCACAAGCGAUGCAUACAAAAACGUAACAACAAACCAGCAAAGGAGCCUGCCGUCACCCAUUUAAACCUCCGACGGAGAGCUCCCCUCCCCUCCCCUACCCUCUGCUGAGUGCCUGUCUGGGAUCUGUCCUCACGGAAGGACACGUUCAUUGACUCGCUAUAAGGGCGCCUUAAUGAUGCGAGACCGCCGCCUGCAGUAGUGUGAUCAGCGGGCAGAAACAGAUUGCCUCACAGAUCAGAGAGAGAAAGAGAUGCCAUCAAGGAUGUCUGACUGAGACCGGUGCCGCUGCCUGCUGGAAAGCUGUCAUUUUGGUUAUUUUUAACCCACUGUUUUCUUUUUUUCAUUGUGUUCCUCAGAGACUCAAGCACCUCUCGGAUGGUGGACUGAUCAGCUGAAUGUCAGCUGCUUGUGGAGCAUGGGUACAACUGCCAGUGCCGCACCACAACCUGUAACCGUAGCGUCGCCACUUGAAAGUGUCCAUGGCAACGGGAUGGCUGACAGCAGGCAGUCUCUUAGCAUGAGCCCCUUCCAGACAGUCAACAUCCACAACAACAAGGCCAAGUCCAUUAUCACCAACAAAGUCGCACCUGUCGUCAUCACGUAUAAUUGCAGACAGGAAUUUCAGAUUCACGAUGACAUACUCAAGACCAACUACAAAGUUGGUCGGAUAUCCGACGCCAUGCCCGAGCACUACCUGGUGCAGGGGGAGUACUUCAUGGUCCAGGAUGUGUACAGCAAGGCAGAUGUCCUCAAUACCACGGGCAGCUAUGGAGCACCCAACUUCCGCCAAGUCAAGGGGUCUUACCCUCUGUAUGGGAUGGGUCAGCCGAGCCUGAAUGGCUUCAAACAGGUUCUUCAGAGGCUCCAGGCGCAAGGACACGAGGAGGUUAUAUUCUUCUGUGUAAGAGAGGAGCCGGUGGUGUUUCUGCACAAGGAUGACGACUUUGUGCCGUACACCCCCAGGAGGAAGGAAAACCUACAUGAGAACCUUCAUGGCCUGGAAAAGGAGGAGCUGGUGGAGAGCCUGGAGCUCACCAUCAGGAAGGAGCUCCACGACUUUGCCAAGCUCAACGAAAACAUCUUCUACGUCUACAAUGACAUCGAGUACUUCAAAGACGAGCCGCAGAAGAUCUCCAUCACGUGUGAGGAGGACAUCCAUGUGACUGAAGAGGUCUAUAAGAGGCCUAUGUUCACCAGGCCGGCCUACAGGUACUACAGAUUACCACUACCAAUGGAGGGAGCGCCAUUGGAAGAAGACUUUGACGCAUUUGUUAACAUACUCAGGGAGAGCACCAGCUUGUCUCUGGGCCACGAUGCGUCCCGGCAGCUGCCUGCUUUGCUCUUCAGUUGCCAGGUGGGCGUUGGCCGCACCAACCUAGCCAUGAUCCUGGGCACACUGGUCAUGAAUCGCCUGAGGGGUGAUUCACAACCGCAGCCUCAAGUUGAGGAAGCAGCUGCUUCAGAGCCCAAACCACUGUUCCAGGUCAUCCAGUCUCUGAUCAACAAGCUGCCUAAUGGACAGCAGGUCAUGGAGGAGGUUGACCAGGCUAUCGCCCUGUGUUCCGAAAUGCACAACAUAAAAGAAGCAAUAUAUGAGAACAAGAGUAAGCUGGAAGGGAUUGGUGAAGAUUAUCAAAUUCAGGGAAGCAGUACCAAAGACUACUUUCUCAACAGAACCAUGCAGAGCUUGGAGCGCUACUUCUACUUGAUUGUAUUUAACGCGUACCUUCACGAACAGUAUCCUCUUGCCUUUGUGUCCAACUUCAGCCAGUGGAUGUGCUGCCACACGUGGCUGUACAGGUUACUGGCCUGCAUGGACCUAUCAGAGCUGUCAGCCCCGGCUGAGCUGGUCACCAAAGGAGCUCGGGUCCUGGUUGCUGAGGAGUGCUUUGCUCCGGAUGUGCUCAGCACGGUGAAAGAGAUGAAGGCGGUCAACUUUAGACGAGUGCCCAAGAUGCCUGUUUAUGGAGUGGCUCAGCCGACAUCAGAGGCUACUGGGGCAGUUUUGGCCCAUCUGACGGAUGAGAAGAGGAAACAUAGCCACGUGUUGUGGGUCAAUUUGCAGGAGGAGCUGGUGCUGGAAGGGAAUGGUCAGAUUUUUACACCAAGGGAGCCGUCGUGCCCGGACCAGAACAUUUCUAUCCCAUCGUCUGACCCAGAGCUGAUAGAGAAACUGGAGACCUCUCUGAAGGAGGAGAUUCUGAGAGCUCAGAAGUGGCUUGAGGUGACACUUGAGCAGGAGAAACAGAUGAAGAUGUUCAAAAGCUGCCUGACAGUCCAGGAGAUCUUCAACCAGCACAAAAGCACCCACCAGGGCCUCGUCUACAGACGCAUCCCUCUGCUGGACUGCAGCGCGCCCAGGGAGGAGGAGUUUGAUAAGCUGUUGGAGGCCAUGAAGAGUGCCUUGGCUGAGGACUCUCACUCAGCCUUCGUUUUCAACUGCUCUAAUGGCAAAGGCAGGACCACGACUGGCAUGGUUGUUGCCAUUCUGACUCUCUGGCACUUUAAUGGUUUUCCAGAGUUUGCUGAUGAUGAAAUUGUGAGUGUUCCUGAUGCUAAGUACACAAAAGGAGAAUUUGAGGUUGUGAUGCAGCUGGUGCGUCUGCUCCCCGAUGGCCACAGGAUGAAGACGGAGGUGGACAUGGCCCUGGACUCUGUCAGCGAGACCAUGACCCCCAUGCACUACCAUCUGAGAGAGAUCAUCAUCUCCACGUACAGACAGAUCAAAAGUGGUAAAACGGAGAAGGAUUGUCAGCAGCUGCUGCUGAAGAGCCUGCAGUACCUGGAGCGCUACAUUUACCUCAUCCUCUUCAACACAUACCUGCAUCUAGAGAAGAAAAACUCCUGGCAGCGCUCCUUCACUCUCUGGAUGGAACAGGUGGCUGCCAGAGCCGGAGUUUAUGACAUCCUCAACCAGCUGGGCUUCUCCGAGUUUGAAAACCUGAGGGACACGCCGUUGGCCAGGCUGCGCUGCCGCUGGCAACAGCAAAACAUUCAGUCACUUCCUUUCCGAGGGGAGUUCAUCUGAGAGAGAAUCACUGUGAACGCAGCAAGACAGUACUGUGCUUUUCAGAAUAAAAGACAUUUACAUUAACUUUGUUAUGCCUUCUAUAUUUACCCCUGUAUUGUUAUGCAUAUCUUCUCUUCUUUUAUUUUUUGUGUUACUGCUCUUUUUUUUUUUUUCCAACUCACUGGCGAUGUUAACAUUUUGAUGUUGUUUCUAUGAGUCUUAGCAGAAUGUUGCUCCUAUAUUAGAAGUUGAUAUUUGUGCCUUUGCCUUUUUUCUUUUAAAUCAGUGGUAGAAUUUCAGUGUACUAAUAUUUGUUACUUUUUUCAAAUCAAGGCAAAAAAAAAAAAAUGUUCCUUAUGUGUUCUCACUUUUGAAGAUGAGACAACCUUCUGUUAGAACAAGACGAGAGUUAAGUGUUGUUAUGGAGGAGAGGAGCAAAUUCCACUGUGUCAGCCAACAAUUUUGGUUGUAUGUCACAACUGUUUGCUCUUUUGUGACCUGAUAUUUUUCUUGAGCCCUGUCCUUUUCUGCCCAGCACAGCUGUCAUCAGUGACUGUGCACUUCGACUUAAGGUUUUUCAGUUUUUGAGAGGGUUCCCUUUGUACAUAUGAAAGCUGUUGUUAUUUAAAUGUUAAUGUGUCCUUACGGUUUUUUAAAGCUGAUCAGAGUCAAUGUUUUUGAUAUGAUUUUAAAUAUGCUGUUGGCCAUAGUUUCUUUAUUGACAGCAUAACACCAGUAAUCUGUUGUACCUGUUUCUUUUUUACAUUCAUUAACAUGUGCGAUACAGGUACUAGCAGUACAGCAUGUCAGGAUUUUUUUUAUGCUAAUUUGAUUUUACUUCAAAACUGUAAAUGUGUGUUUUGUAUUUGUAAACAUUGGAGCAAUGUUGCUUAAAAAUUGCUAAAUGUAUACUCUGAGAUUCCUUUAAAGUCCCAUGAAAUUGUAACAUCACUUCCUUAAUGUCAUGUGAAGAACCAGAUAUCACCUUUUUAUAUUCUACACAUUUUUCUUCCUUGCAAAGAAAACCUGCCGCCUACGUUACCCACGAUGCAGUUCAGCCGCAAACAGUUCAGUUGGAGAUUUGGAUGCGUUAUGCUAGUAGCAGCUAACGUAGCCUUGAUCUGCUAGCCUCAAGGGGAGAUGUCUUUGAGUACUCCCAAAGACCUGUAAACAGACUUUGAUGUGUAAAAUUGGUUCCCCUUUAAUCAGCUCGGCUCUCACAGACUUCACGACCCCUGCCAGUAAACGAUUACAAUGUCUUUGACAUCGCCAGUCCAUCAGCAGGAAUCAAAUUAUAUGUCUGUAAAAAUUUAUGGUUGGAAACAGCCAGGCCCUCAAAUACUUGCUGUAACUGGGGUUAAAAAACACUUGGUAUCUAUUGGUGAAGGAUAAAUAUACCCUUUAACAACUGCAUCUUAGUGGCAUCAAUGGAAGGAGGCUUUUUAUGCCAGUUAUUAAGUGUGCCUACAUUUAUGGAAUAACUUUUACUGUACAGUAUUUCUUUAACAGUUUUAACACUUUUGUUUGUCUAUUUUGUUCUUUAAUUUGCCAAUGUGUUUAGUUGUAAAGUAAUUUGUAGCUCAAAGUGUGCUUUAAAAACCACGAUUCCUGCCUUUAAACAAAGAUAAGCCAGAAAAAAAAAUCCUUCCUCCAGAUGCCUCUUGUAAGUAUUUUUUUCUUACUGUCAAUUUGUCAAAGGGUUUGCACUCUAUGUAAUUGAUUCAGACUAAUUGUGAUGAUUGAUAAUUAAGAGCUACCCAUUAUGAACCAAUCUUUGCGUAACAUGAUAACAUAAGGACAUAGGUUAUAAUAACACCCUAACGCCUUAGCUAUGCACUUAAUUUAAUGUUCAUUUUAAGAGGCACCCAUCAUAGAGGCAAUGCAUUACCCUUUAUUCACUAUAUGUGCCACUUACUUUCUUUUUUUGCAGGGGGUAAAAUAAAUAAUUCAGAUAGAUUUAAUAGCAUGUGUCUGCUUUUGGUAUCAUUUCCUUGUGUAUUGAGGAGAAAAAUAAAACCGAUCCAAUCUGUGUCAAGGAUUUGGAUUUAAAAGUUCAA